CGAAGCGCAGAAUGAAUAAUGUGAGCGUCAAAAGUGCUUCUAGCUGGUCCAGGUUUACAUUUUGAAUUGUUUUUGUUUACAUUUAGUUCAAAUAUUUUCUACUUGUUCAUUUUGGUCUGUUAAGGUUCACCAGCGGAGGAUGAGUUCGGAGACGGCAGACCGGGUGGCUGUCAGCAGUCGGCCCAGCACGCCUCUUCAGACGUCCUGGUUUGAGUUCCUCCUGGACGGCAGCCUGCUGGAGAAACACCUCCAGAAGUCCAACUCAGACCCGCCACCGGUGCAGCUGAUCAUUCAGUUCCUGGAGCAGGCGUCCAAGCCCUCCUUGAACGAGCAGAACCAAGUGCAGCCUCCGGCAGACAACCGCAGGAACCGCACCCUGAAGCUGCUGGCGCUGGAAGUAGCUGCCCAUUUGAAGUGGGAUCUGGAUGCUCUUGAGAAAGGCUUGACCAUUCCUGUUUUAAAUAUGCUUCUGAACGAGCUCCUGUGUGUGAGCAAAGUGCCACCGGGGGUGAAACAUGUGGAGCUGGAGCUGUCCACUCUGCCUCCGACCACAGCCAUGGCUGUCAUCAUAUACAACCGCUGGGCCAUCAGAACCAUUGUGCUGAGCAGCUUUCCAGAAAAACAGACAAAACCGGGGCCUCACCAGAUGAACAUGUUAAGCAUCGUGCAGCAGGAGAAAGAGAUGACCGAGAACAUCCUCACUGUGCUGAAGGAGCAGGCGACCGACUCCAUCAGUGUCCUCGAAGGAGCUCUACAGCUGAAGAAAGACUUCUACGUCCACACCCUGAGGACUCUGGAUCUGCUGGCCUCCGACGCCGCCGCCAACGGAGAGACGGAGUCCUCGACCGCGGGGCUUCGCAUCAGCGCCGACGAGCUGCACUGUCAGGUGCAUUAUGAUUUGGGAGGCAUUUUCUUCCAGCAAGGCUGCACUGACCAGCCGGCCUACAAGAAGGCCCGGGAUCACUUCAGACGGACAAAGGAACUGUUAGCUAAGCUGGACUCGACUGUCCACGUGCACCUGGAUGAGAAACGUCUGGCCGGCUACUGGAACGCCUGCAGAGCUUUGACCGAAGACUGCGACCCCUCCGACUCCCAGAACUCUCCCUACAAUCAGAUCAACAGCCUCAUCCGGGCGCACAGCUAUCAGGCUGUCAUUGAAGCCUUCAUCAAAGACAACGUGUCCCGCAGUUUGCCCAACAACUUCAGGCGGUCUGUCCUCAGGGAGUUCCUGUACAGAGUCCAACAAGGGGAUUCCAGCCUGGAUGAAGUUUGCUACAAGGUGUGCGUUUGCAACGCCGUACGAGACGCUUUGGAAGGGGAAGUCCUCAGUGUCCGUUUCCAGCAGCUGCUCCUCAGGCCCAGUAAAAAGAUGGUGGACUUCGUUUUGGAGGUGUGCACACUUUCUCUGGAGAAGGACCGUCCGUCUGAGACACUCAGAAGAAACAUGGCCACUUUCAUGAAAACUCUGUGUGAAACCCUGGAGGAGCUGCCGCUGCUGUUCUUGGUGUCCUCUCACAAGCUCUUCAUGGAGCUGUUGAAAGAGGACGAAAGGAAGUUUGUGGUGGAGCAGCUGAGGAAGAGGUCUGCCACGAUCAACCUUAGCGCCAAGCCUCUGCCUUCGUUCUAUGACAUUCCAGCGUCAGCGAGCGUGAACAUCGGGCAGCUGGAGCAGCAGCUCAUCCUUUUACUGGAGCCACGCAAGAUCAGACAGAUCCUCAUCGAGCUCCACGGCAUGGCCGAGCGACCUUUCUGGAGGGUCAACAGCAAGUGGGAAGUUCCUCCAGACUACAUCAACGUGAUCCUCGGCAUUAAAGACAACCUCACAAAGGACCUGGUUUACAUUCUCAUGGCCAAAGGACUCCACUGCAUAUCAAUAAAGGACUUCGCCCACGCUCGGCAGCUUUUCUCCGCCUGCCUGGAGCUCGUCACAGAGUUCUCCCCGAAGCUGAGGCAGGUGAUGCUGAACGAGAUGCUGCUGCUGGAGGUCCGCGCGCACGAAGCCAUGGCGGCCGAGGGCAGCAAGGAGCGGCCACCCCCCGACCUGGUCAGCCGGGUCCGAGGGUACCUGGAGAUGAGGAUUCACGAUCUGCCGCUGCGUCAGGUGGUUGGAGAGGAGUGUGUCGCCUUCAUGUUGAACUGGAGGGAAAACGACUACCUGACUCUGCAGGUGCCACAAUCUCUGGUCAUGAACAACCCAUACAUCAAGCUGGGUCAGCUCCUGGCGUCGACGUGCAAGGAGCUCCCGGGUCCUAAGGAGUGCCGGCGCACGGCCAAGGAGCUGUGGGAAGCGGUGGUGCAGAUCUGCAGCGUGUCCAUCCAGCACAAGAGGAACAACGACGGCAGAGUGGGCCUCAUCAAACACAGAGAGUCCUCCAUGGGCAUCAUGCACCGGAGCAAAUUCAUCACUUUCAUCAAGAAACUCCGAGAGCCGUUGGUGAUGACGACCCUCAUCUCGCUCUUUGUGAGGCUCCACAGCAUCGUGCGGGACGAUAUUGUCAAUGAAGUGACGGCAGAACAUCUCUCCAUCUGGCCAUCUACGCUUUCAAACAUACAGGCCGUCGACGUUGAAGCUGUGGCUGUGACGGUCAAAGAGCUGGUGUCCUAUGCCCUCACCCUGAACCCUAAUAACCAGUCGUGGAUCAUCACACAGGCGGAUAUUUACUUUGUGACCAAUCAGUACUCUGCUGCGUUGAACCUUUACCUCCAGGCCGGAGCCGUGUGCUCGGACUUCUUCACCAAAGCCGUCCCCCCCGACGUCUACUCCGACCAGGUCCUGAAGAGGAUGAUCAAGUGCUGUUCAAUGAUGAACUGCCACACACAGGUUGCCGUUCUCUGUCAGUUCCUCAGAGAGGUGGACUACAUGACGGCAUUCAAAGCUCUCCAAGAGCAGAACAGUCACGAUGCCAUGGACUCGUUCUACGAAUACAUCUGGGACGUGACCAUCCUGGAAUAUCUCACUCAUAUUCAUCACAAACGGGGCGAGACGGAGAAGAGACAAAUAGCGAUCAAAGCGAUCGGACAGACGGAGCUGAACACCAGUAACCCAGAGGAAGUGCUGCAGCUGGCUGCCCACAAGAGGAAGAAGAGAUUCUUGCAGGCGAUGGCCAAACUGUAUUUUUAGCAGAUAUGUGGAGCACUGUCAAGACUUUUCGGGGGAUGUACAUUUUAUUUUGUGGUAGAAAAUAAAUACAUGUUCAUAUGUA